AUGAAAACAAUAAUGGCGUAUUCUGUGAACAUUUCCGUGGAAGCGCCGAUUGAAAAUCAAAUACAGGAAAUUACUUACGAUGGCCAAGAAAUUUACCAAGCACCUCUUACCUUAUCGGAGAACUUGGCAAAAAUUGCUCAAAAGAUUGACUUUAGUAAAACGAACGGUGAGGAGGUAAAAAAGGAGCAGUUAGAGGGUAACGAGAAGAAUGAAGAAGAUACAAAGGAUCCUGCUUCGUUUCAAUCCUCCUUAUGGCCAUGGGACAGCGUUAGAAAUAAAUUAAGAAAUGCCUUGACGGAAGUUUGUGUAUUGGCUGAUGUACUUGCAAUAGCAAAGGAAAGAAAUUAUAUGGUAUUAGAUCCAACAUCUCAUGAAUCAGCAGAUGUAAAACCUAUGAUACAAGUAUAUGCUAGAAAAAAGGCAUUGGCAGGUGCAGCGUCAGUUCUUAUGAUGGGUACUGAGAGGCUACGAAAUUGUCAGGCUGAAUUAGCUAGAACCAGAUCUACCCCUGACUUCCAUAUCGAGUUAUUAAGAUUACGGCAAAAUUGGCGUUUAAAGAAAGUAUCAAACUCUAUCAUUGGCGAUCUCAGUUAUCGAACUGCUGGCUCAAAGUAUACACAAACGGGCAUGUUUGAAGUUACCAAAGCUGAAGAAGAAGAAAAAAGUAGUAAUAGCCCACCAGCUUCUCCUAAUACUGGUAGCAGCAUGUCAGGACAAUCUCAUGGACCCUCAAAUUCAAAAGCAUCUGCCUUGCGGGUAACCAUACCCAGUGAGUUACAAGGUGUUGCAUACAUCGAAGUAUUAUGCCAGAAAGAUCAAGAAGAUUUGUGCAGUGCAAACAGCUUGCUUAAUAGCAGUGCAAAUAAUUCAAAUACCGAUAUGCAUUGGCAGCAAAAGUUGGAGGCUGCACAGAAUGUUCUCUUUUGCAAGGAACUGUUUAGUCAAUUAGCUCGAGAGGCUGUGCAUUUACGCGCGCCUAUACCUCACAUGGUUGUCGGAAAUCAGAUAAUGGCCACGGUACUUCCAGGAAUUCAGUUAAUAAUUGGCCUGUGCCAUAGCACAGGCAACGAUAAAAAACCUACGGCUCCACCACCACACAAAACCGAUCACGAUCAUGUAUUAGAGCACUCUCUGCAUCAAUUGUUACGCGAAGUACAUUACAAUAAUAGUAAUCAUCCAUUUCCUCAUCCUGCUUCGGGACCUCUUGGGCCUAGUAAACGCAGAUACGUAGCCGGUCCUACCGCCGCCGACAGAUACGAGCUUUUGGAAAUGACAAAGAGUCAGACGCUUUUAGAACAAAUUAUCCAACAAGCACAACACUUUUUCAUGCGUUUGCGUACAGAAUACGUAUUAGACACGAUAGCGAAAGAAGUGAAAGAUCCGCUUAUCGUUUCACAUUGGAAUGCGUUGAAUUCGCCGACGCAGUCCUGCGUAAAAAUAAAUAUCCUAACACAUGGAUAUGACAGCGUAUGUCGGACAUCGAUGGUUGUUCACGUCGGUGAAAAGUCACUGAAAUGUGUGUGUCGCGACGGUAGAGUCAUGCACAUGAGUUACGAGCCUCAGGAACUGAGGGAUCUAAUUUUUUGUCAGAUUUAUCAGCAUCAAAUUAGCGCAGUACAGGCUCUAGCCAAGUGUAUGGGCUGGCAGUUCUUAGCAAACAGCUCGCAUCUCGGCCUAGGUUCAGUGGAGCCUUUGGGAAACGCCAGUAGUUGUAUCCUAGCUUCACCAAUUGGCGAUAGAAUGAUUGCUGUGCGAUGUGAACCGCAAACGGGCGUGCAAGUCGCCAUUGCACAUUCUCCCCGAAAGGAUUUCUUUCCUGGUCAACUUGUUCGAGAGAGGAAAUGGGAGAAUCUGGGAGGUUCUUUCAAAGAAGUUAGAUGGGACAAAAUGGAAGGAAAGAAUUUUCUCAACAAAAUGGAGCUGCUUAUGGCUUCUUUAACAAGUUCUUAAGUGUUGCAAAUUGUCAAACUUUCGUAUAUUUUUUUGUUUGUGGGACUGAAAAGAUUCUCUAUAUUUUUCUAUACCUUAAAUCUUUACUUAGCAGCGUAGAAUGAACUUGUUAUUGCACGCACAAUCGAUUUAGAGUAACAAAAAAAUUAAAUGAAUUUUUUGAUCCAAGUUGAUUAUAUGCAAGACGAAGUUUUAUUUCGUACACGUGUGAUCGAGUAAUAAAUGGAGUGAAAUAAUGGGAAAGAGAAAAUUAAGUUUAAGGUUAAGUAAUGAAAAAAAAAUACAGGAAAUCUCCUCUGUCCCGAUGAGAAAAAUAUACAAAAAUUCGACUGUAUCGGUAACCAGAGUAUAUAUUAUGGAAUUAUUCGAAACGAAUUCCGAUCGGAAUUAUUUAAUUAUGCCCUAGAUUUCUAUUAUGUUUUCUAGGGAAGAUAAAAUAAUUCCGAUCGCAAUCCAUUCCGACUUGUUUCAUGAUAGAUGCUCGGAAUGCAAUUUUAUAAAAUAGAACCGAUAAUUUUGUUUUUUUAAAAUAG